UUAGCAACUUAUCAAGGACCAGGAAGUUUUCAUGUUUUGAGACCGGAGGAUAUGGCGAAACUUCACAAUUUGGCAGCCAAAGGCGACGAUACAGCGUUACAGUAUUUGCUCUCAAACUAUGAGAAUGUUAUGAUGAGAUCAGAGAUUCAACGAGCCGAAACAUGGACGGUGAGUGCUGAGCCGAUGAUUGGUUUAUCGAUAGCGUUGAUAAUAGUGUUACUGAUAUUGGCGUUACUGCUGGCUCUGUUCAUGGCUCGAUUUUGCUGUUGUUGUGCUCGUAAACAGAAACAAACCAAGAAAGAAACCUAUCAACUCACACCGAUGACAGCAACAUUCAAGACCAUGGAACAACCAUUCUAUACCACCACCCUACCACACCCUCCUCCACCGCAGCUGCACACUGAACGUGUCAUGCAUCCAGCGCUAUCUCAUGGUGAUGCCAUCUACAGUACACCUUACUCGGGUGAGCAAUUGUUUCCACACGUACAGUACCUUUACAGUCGUUCAAUCGCAUCAGAUACUAGCAUAAUAGGAGGACUGCUCAGUGGAAUUUUCAUGCCCGUUGAAAACCUCGCCUGA